ACACUUCAUGAUUUGGAAUCCAGAUAAGGCUUCCAGGUGAUUAGAAUGACAAAGAGGCUACAAACAUAUUCAUUGCGCAUAUUCAUUAAGCACAGAUUAAAGUCUGUUUGUAUACAAGACUUAAAUAGAAGCAAACUCAGCAUUCAGUCUAGAAGAACAGGCUACACUGUUUGAACGUGUUUGGAAGAUGACCGAACAGGAGCUGUAUGUACGACACAGAGGUGUCUACGUUCCUAUUGCGCUGCACCCUCUAGAAAGCUUGAAAUACGCAGAGGAAUUUACCGUUCGAGAUGACGACAUCUUUAUAGGGACAUAUCCAAAGUCUGGUACAACAUGGAUGCAGGAAAUUGUGCCCCUCAUAAUGAGUGGAGGAGAUUUCAAACCUGUGCUGACUAUACCAAACUGGGACCGGGUGCCGUGGCUGGAGGAACACAGAGCCAUAGAGCUGAAGCUGGAAGACAGACCUUCCCCCAGGAUACUAGCCACACAUUUCCAUUACCCUAUGAUGCCAAAGUCAUGGUUCAAUUCUAAAGCAAAGAUGGUUUAUGUAAUGAGGAAUCCGAAGGACAUUUUUACAUCUUCCUAUCACUAUUAUAAAAUGGCAGCAUACCUGGUUGAUCCGGGUACCAGUGAUGAGUUUCUGAUGAAAUUUCUAAAUGGAGAAGUGAUGUUUGGCUCCUGGUUUGAUCACGUGAAAGGAUGGCUGAAUGCAAAGGAAAAAGACCGCAUUCUGUACUUGACAUAUGAAGAGAUGAUCAUGGAUUUGAAGGGAUCCAUUUCUAAAAUGUGCGGUUUCCUUGGCAAGCCUCUGAGCGAAGAGGUGAUCGAGAGCAUUGCAGAUCACUGCACAUUCAAGAACAUGAAGCAAAACAAGAUGUCCAAUUACUCCCUGGUACCAAAGCAAUUCAUGGAUACGUCCAAAUCCGAGUUCCUGAGAAAAGGGAUUUCUGGGGACUGGAAGAACCUUUUCACAGUAGCGCAAGCAGAAUUAUUUGACUCGGUUUACAAAGAGAAAUUGAAAGACGUCGACUUUAAUUUUAUAUGGGACAAAAACUGAAGCCACGAUCAGCAGCAAAAUGUCCAGAUGGAGGCAGAGAAUAGACAGACAAAUGCAAGGCGACUGACCUAUUUUUAAUAAACACACAACAAUACCAUACACAGGUGACCCGGGCACAGUUUUUAACUAAAUGCCCUGUUAUUAUUCAAACUGCAAUACUAAAAACAAGCUGUUGAAUCCUCACACUAAUGUUUAUGCUACCAUAACUCUUAUAAUUAUUGGUAAAGACAAACAAAUAAAAAUGUGAUACUA